AUGGCAAAUUCAAUUCAGACCGGUCAAUAUGAUAUGAAUGAUAUAUUCGCAAUAUACGAAUUAGCAAUUCCUCGUUCGGUUCGAUUUUGGUGGUACCUUAUUUUGAAUAUUUGUUCAUUGAUAUGCUCCUUAUCUGUUUUGUAUCAACUCUUGUUCCAUCGAAAACUUCGACAGGCAUUGAACAAUCAUGUUAUUAUUGUUUUACUCUUUGUUGGAUUGAUCUAUGAAUCAUUAAGUGUUCCAUUUAUGCUUCAUUUUUAUCGUGUUGGAUACUCGUGGAACAUAACAACCAGUUUUGGUCAUUUUUGGCAAUUCAUGGAUUAUACAAGUUAUACAAUAUCUUUAGUAGGCUUUGCGUGGGCUACUAUUGAGCGACAUAUUCUCAUAUUUCAUCAACAAUGGAUUGCAACAAGGAGACAACGUUUUUUCGUUCAUUAUUUACCUAUUAUGGCAAUUGUAGUAUAUUCUAUCAUGUAUUGGUUUCUAUUAAUCUUCUUUCCAGCAUGUGAAGAUCGAAUUUUUCUGCAACCAAUGAAUGGAGUUCCUGCACCAUGUAUGGCUUAUCAAUUAUUCUGGGGAAAGUGGAAUACAGUGUGCCAUCUAAUUCUGCCAACGUUUAUCAUAACUAUUUUCAGCAGCGCUCUUCUCUUUCGAAUUCUUUGGCAAAAAACUCGUUUGAAUCGAUCAAUCCAAUGGCGACAGAAUCGAAAAAUGACCAUUCAAUUAGUGCUUAUUUCGCUCCUUUAUCUUUUCUUCAAUCUUCCUCGUUCAAUUCUAAUCAGUGUCACAGUUGAUGGUAGAUCAUUAUAUUUAAUCAUUCAAUUGCUUAUGCAUCUUGCCUUUUUUGCUGUUCAAUUAAUAUUCUUUUUGCCAUUCAUUUGUUAUAUGACAAUACCUGGAUCUGGAAAGAGAUUGAAGAAACUUCUUUUGCUGAAAAGUGGUCGAAACAUGAUUUGGCCCAUCGGUGUAACAGCAGGACGUGAGAACAACAACCAAACGGGUCAAAAAGAGACUCACAUGACUUGA